UCAGCAAGCUCAGGGGACAUACCUAAAAAAAUGUCAAAUGGAUCCAAAGACGCCAAAGCAGAAACAGAGGCUGAGGUUCCCAUGGGAGCAUCCAGGUCACUGACAUCAAAAACAUCAAAAUGGAGAUCCAAAAACUCCACGGAAGAUGAUCACUCAGCUGGUUUGAGGCUGGAGAACACUGAGCCAGACCCAGUGGUAAAACAGAAAGGCGACUCCCCCAGUGACGCAGGAGAAGCUGGACCUACUGGCCAAGAUAAGCCCGAGGUGUCAGAGAACGGAGAGAUCCCCAGUGAACUGUCCUCCAGCCUCAGAAGAAUACCUCGACCUGGGAGUGCACGCCCAGCGCCUCCCCGGGUCAGACGACAAGAGAGCACUGAGACGUUGGCAGACAGGGCAGGCAGUGGUAAAACUGUCUCCAAUGUGAUCAUUGACUCACAGAAUUCUGAUGACGAGGACGAUGAGCAGUUUGUGGUGGAAGGUGACCCGCAGCUUUCAGAAAUGUCAGAAAUUGAAAUGGUGCCGGUGGGGGAUGUGGAGGACGAGGAAAAGCAUGGUGGGCUUGUGAAGAAGAUUUUGGAGACCAAGAAGGACUAUGAGAAGCUGGGACAGUCCCCUCGACCUGGGGAGAAGGAGAGAUCGCUUGUCUCUGAGUCAGCGUGGAAGAAGGAGAAGGACAUCGUUUCUAAGGAGAUAGAGAAGCUGCGAGUGUCCAUCCAGACGUUUUGUAAGAGCGCGCUUCCCCUGGGGAAGAUCAUGGACUACAUCCAGGAGGACGUGGACGCCAUGCAGAAUGAGCUGCAGCUGUGGCACAGCGAGAACAAGCAGCACGCUGAGACCCUGAGCAAGGAGCAGAGCAUCACAGACUGUGCAGUGGAGCCCCUGAAGGCUGAGCUGGCUGAGCUGGAGCAGCAGAUCAGAGAGCAGCAGGAUAAGAUCUGUGCGGUGAAGGCCAACAUCCUGAAGAACGAGGAAAAGAUUCAGAAAAUGGUGCAUAGCAUCACCUUGACAUCUCGAAGGUGAAUGCCCCUCCAGGAUGUCAGGAGGAAGACAGGAAAUAGGCACUCUUCAGCUCCAGUCUGCGAUAAAAAUGGACUGUUGACCUCAUAGCCCAGCGGUGCCAGGGCUGGAGUUUGGCCCUGUGUAUAUUAAAAGGCCAUGUUUCUUUACCUUUCCCGCUCUGCUUGAUAGUUACACCUUGCUCUCCGGAACGCCUUUGUGGGAGGGUUUAUUCAUUCAUAACCUGUUCUCUGCUGCAACCUGUUUAGCCCCAUCCAGAGUUUUCUACCAGGUAAGUGGUGCCAGCCCACCAGGGAAGUGGCAGCCCUCUAUUUCUGGUUCUGAGUCUGUUGAGAGGACUUCAUACCAGCACUGACCAAAGGAUGACUGCGUACUUUAUGCAAGUACAGUGAGGCCUGACCUGAGAUGAUUGAGUUAUGUUUUGAAUUUCCACUUGAAAGGUGUUAAUGUUACCUGUGUCCUUGUCAGGUGCGUGUCACCUGUUGGGUCACCCUGCCUUUAACCGCAUACAUAAACUUCUUUCUGCGGUGAUCUUACCGACCUGCAUUCACCUGCAUUUCUAGCCCUUGAAGUCCAUAGACUGACAAAGGAGAACUCAGUCCAGCCUUGUGGGCAUGUCUGAGGUGAAGCUGUCAUGGCUGCCUCCUCACUUUGCUCAGCAUUUUGCCUCCAGGUUACUCCAAUGGGUGCAGCACCCCCAGAGCCUCUACCUGCUAGCCCUUAACCUCCUUAAGAAGGCCUUGUGUGAGGGGCAUGACUCCUUUUCCUCUGUGUGGGGAUGGGCAAGAUGGGGAGUUAGGUUAAAAACAUUUUUUAAAUGUUUUUAAUUUUUAAAAAAUCAUGUUUUGAAGCAUAAUUUUUUUAAAGAAUGGUUUUUAUUUAGUUUUUCACUUACAUAUGCUACUGUAAAUACUAAGGUUUUAAAUUAUUGUAUAAAGGAUCUCACUGAGUUGGGAGACGCUCUUCCUGGGUGAAGGUCUGGGUCCUCAUCCUGUCCUUGCAAUUCUUGGUAUUGUAUUUAUUAUGUAAACUGAGGAGAGCCAUGACCAUGUGAAGACCGCCUGAGAAUGUUGUUUCCUAAGGUUAGCACAGUGGCUUUGCUUAGUACAUUUCAAGGGUAAGGUAGUGGCGUGUUGUGCUCUCAACCGAGGAAGGUCAGGAGAGUGCUGACCCUGCUGCCUGCCUGUGGGGGGCAGGGGCGGUGGGGGGGCACCCUCCAGCUCUGAGGAGGGGGCCUCUAGCUCUGUUGAUUUGAUUAUGCUAAACCAGUCUGGGGAGGGCAGGGUUGUUAGCUCUAGUCCUUCAAAUUUCAUGAUCUCUUUUCUACUGAAUUGAAUAACUUAGCCAUAGCCCUCAGUGAACCCUGGUUUGCUUUAAGAUAAGAUAUCUAUCUUAUCUUUUAUGAAUUUGUAUAUAUGAAUAGAAUUUUUAUGUUGCAGAAAUUAUAUACAUUGUAUGUUAGUAAAAUUUUAUAUGAUGUAGUCUAUCAAAUUGUAUCAUAAAGUUUAUUUUUCUUUUUUACAUAAAUCAUUAAAAUUACUUAU